AUGAAGACAGAAAGUGAGGCCGCGCCUUCGAGUCAAAAAGGUCUUCUAGCUGCAGACAAUGACCCCGACACCCUCUGGGCCCGCACCGCCAGAACCCGCUACCUCAAGACGAUAGCGUUCGCCCUCCUCCCCAGCCCCGUACAGCGGCGCCUUGUGCCCUCCGGGUUCAAAGCGUCCCGCCUGCACCCCACCGCCUACCUCGACGGCCUUCGCGGUCUGGCAUCCCUGUCCGUCUGCCUGCUGCACUACACCUCGAACUUCGCCCCGCGCCUCAACGCCUCCUACGGCGUCUCCGACGACAAGAUGCAUUCGUCGCCGCUGCAACUGCCUUUCAUCCGCGUGCUGUACACCGGCCGACCGUUCGUGCACGUCUUUUUUGUGAUUUCCGGUUUCGUGCUCUCGCUGAAGCCGCUAAGGUUAGCGCGCGCGCAUAACUACGCCGAUCUGCACACCACGCUCUCCUCGUCCGUGUUUCGGCGCGGGUUGCGCCUGUAUCUGCCGUGUGUGGCGUCAACUUUCGUCAGCUUCUGGUUCAUGCACAAUGAUUGGGGUUAUCCGCCGCUUGUCAAGGGGGGUUUCUGGCCGGAACUGGCGCACUGUUUCCACGAGUUGUGGGUGUUUGCUUCGCAGCCGUGGAAUUGGGACAGACGGCAGGAUCCGCCGUAUGAUGGUCAUUUGUGGACGAUUCCGGUUGAGUUGUCCAUGUCGAUGCUUUUGUUUAUCACGAUCACAGGCCUGUCUAGGUGUAAGACGUGGGUUCGCCUCACGGUGACCAUGGCCAUUAUAUGGUACACGCUGCAGUGCAAACAUUGGGCGCCAGCCGAAUUUUUAGCCGGUGCGCUCAUUGCGGAGUUCGGCCUGAUUCAGGACGAAUACAAGAACGCGCACGCUGUAGCUCUGGAUCCGGCGACCGACGUGGAAAAAGACAGCGACGAGUUCCAGAUCAAUCUUCCGUCUUCGACAAAGAAUGCAAUAGGCAAAGCUUGGGAAAUCUUCUGGUGGUGCCAGCUUGUAAUAGCGCUCUACAUCUGUGGUUGGCCCACAGCCAAGGCCCACGAGGUCCCUUUCUUCCGAUGGCUGCAACAAAGAUCGCCAGAUAAUCCUUGUCCGGACACAUUCUGGUUCAUACCAGUCUCGUUUCUAAUCGUUGGUGCAUGCCAUCAGCUGGCUCCACUGCAGAAGAUCUUGACAACGCCAUUCGUCCAGUACUGGGCGUCGAUAUCCUAUGCGCUAUAUCUUAUGCACGGUCCGGUGAUGCACGCUGUGUACUUUACCAUGGAACCCGUUUUCCGCAUGAACGGUGGCAAAGACGGCGCUGGUUUUUGGGGCUAUCAUCUUCAAUGGUUCGCUGGGCUUUUUCUUACUGGUAUACCCAUUGUGUGGGCAUCUGAUCUGUUUUGGAGAUUUGUGGAUCAGCCGUGCGUCCACAUGGCGAGGUGGCUGGAUCGAAAGUGUCUAGACAAGCAGGACUGA